AUGACAACCUUACCUGAAAACCUGUCCUUGCUGGCAGCUUUCUUACCCAACCUACUACACACACACUCUGGGGGUUUGGACUACAGUUCCCACCAGCAUGGCCAGGUGAUGCUGAGGCUGAUGGGAGUUGUAAUCCAAAGCACCUGGAGGGCAGCGGGAGGUUGGGGGAGGUUGCCGCAGAGCCUGGCCCUCUUGCUGCCCCCCAGGGCCUGCAAACUGGUGCCAAAGGAAACAGCUGUUUCCAGAUUCAUUUACAAGCAGAGCCAGACUCGUUUCCCAAAGGUGCUUGGAAUACAGUUUGGGUGCCUGCAGACAAUGGCUGCUCUUGGAAAAUAUGACUGCAUCUCACUGCCGCUCCCCACCUACGUUCCUUUUGGGGUGAUAGAGGGACCUACGUGA